GAACGAGCGGCAGGAGCAGGAGCAGUCCUCAGAAAUAGAAACUCCAAGUGCCAGCCAGGCCCCAUUAAAAAAAAAAAAAGAUGAGUGGUGCUCAAAAACGUGGGUUGAAGAAAGCAAGGCUAGCAGAGGAGGCCAAGCUGCCCAAGAUCACAUCAUUUUUCACGAAUACCAGCCAAGGCACUUCAAUGGAGGAAGAUAAGGUGACUCAGACAGCAGAAACGGCAACAGUGAGUGCAAUCUGCACUGGAACACGUCCUGUAGAGAAGGAACAAAGUGAACUUGCAGCAGAUGUGACAGCACAGCAGUCACUACCUACUGAGCAAGGUGAAGACAUUCAAAUGAAAGGACAUGAAGGAGAGACAAGAGAAUGUGUUGGUAAGAAAUUCAAUGUUGAUUUGAUCUCCAAAGAAUUUCCUACUGACAAAGCACUCUUCAGUGAACCCCUUACUACAGAUGAAAAGAGCUUUAUUAUCUCAAAUGGGCCAUGCCAACCACCAGGUCCAUUUCCACGGCACAGCCAGACAAACAGACGUUUCUCAAAAGUUUUUUAUUCAGGAUUGAGUAAAAGUGGCUUAAAACUGCAGCGGAAAUGGCUGUGCUACUCGCCAACUUCAGACAAAGCCUACUGUCAACCAUGCUGGCUUUUUUCUCAGGACAGAGAGGGAGCAUGGGUGAAAGGAGUUUGUGAUUGGUAUAAUCUAGGUAGGAAGAUAGAACUCCAUGAAGGUGGUGUUGGCCAUCAGGAGUGUAGCACUGUUCUGGAUCACUGGCAGCUGAAAAAAACAGUGUCAGCAGAAGCAGAAGCUGCUAUUAUGAAAGAGGCAAACUUCUGGAGGCAAGUACUUGAUAGAAUCAUCAGUGUCACAUUGACCCUGGCUAUGUCCAACCUGGCAUUUAGAGGUCACAGGGAAGAUGUGAGCUCUGGUGGAAACCGUGGAAAUUUUCUCUCCAUCAUCACAAUAAUUGCAAAAUAUGAUCCUGUAUUGCAACAGUUGCUAAAUAUUCCAGAGCGACACAUAAAGUACCUGAGUCCUGCUGUUCAAAAUGAACUGAUUAAUAUACUCUCACAAAGCAUCAAAGAAGAAAUAAUAAAGGAUGCCAACACAGCUGCAUUUUUCUCCGUCAUCAUAGACACAACGCAGGAUGCUGGCAAGACAGAUCAGCUCAGCCAGGUAGUCCGCUUCGUUUCUGUUGAGACCAACGAAAAGGAUCAGCCAGUUGAAAUAAAAAUACAUGAAUCAUUCUUGGGCUUUCUGGUGGUGGAGGAUCAGACUGCAUCUGGCUUCACGCAAAGUAUUCUGAAUGCUAUGGAAAGCAAUAAACUGGACAUCCUAAAAUUGCGAGGCCAAGGUUACGAUGGAGCUGCAACCAUGAGUGGUGUCUACAGUGGUGUGCAAGCUAGAAUUCAAGCUUUACAACCAAAGGCAAUUUAUGUUCAUUGUGCUGCUCACAACUUGAACCUAGUUCUGCAUGAUGCUAUGUCCAAUGUUCCAGAGGUAAGGAACUUCUUUGGAGUUGUGGAAAGAAUCUACAUCUUUUUUGCACACAGCAUUAAACGCUGGCACACACUAUCUCUCUUAACAUUUCAAUCAAAAACAAUACUGAGGAAACUUUGUCCAACCAGAUGGUCUUCACGUCACGAGGCUCUAGUAGCAAUUCAGUGCCGUUUCACAGAUAUUCUCAAAGUGCUUACUGAAAUAAUUCUCCUAAGCAAGAAAAAAGAGGAAACCACAGAAGCCAAAGCUCUGAAAUCCAAAAUGGAGAAGUUCCAGUUUGUCUUCCUCAUUGUGCUGCUCUCUAACAUUUUAGAACCUGUUAAUACUGUUUCAAAAUUGCUGCAGUCGCCACAAACUGACCUCAGCAAAGCAGCAACCUAUCUCCAAACCAUUCACACUAAUUUGCAAGAGAGCAGAAAUAAGUAUGACUCCCUCCGCAAAACUGCAGCAAAAAUGUCAGAAAAGUGGGGAAUAUCCCAGGUGUUUGAGGAGCAAUGCGUGCGAAAGGUGACGAGGUUUCAUGAUGAGCUAUGUGAGGAUCAAAGGCUAACAAAUGCAGAGGACAGUUUCAGAGUAAAUGUGUUCCUCUGUGUGCUGGACAUAGCUUCCUCACAGUUGAAACUACGUUUUGAGGGCCUACAUGAAGUCGUCACUACCUUCAAUGUCCUUCACCCAUCAACACUGGCAACAGCAACUGAUGAGGACUUACUUGAAGCAGGAGAACUUAUGGUCACAAAAUAUGACACAGACUUGACUACCUCUUUUCCAAGACACUUAAUACAGUUAAGAGAUUUAUUGAAAGAAGAAAUUAAAAAAACAACAACUAUAAAGGAAGUUGCUGAACUGCUGAUGAUUGACAAUUGUGGCCUUUGCAUCAGUUACCCUGAUGUCUGCACUGCAUAUAUACUUUUCCUCACUCUACCAGUAACAGUGGCAUCUUCUGAGAGAUCAUUCUCAAAACUGAAGCUCAUAAAAAACUAUCUGAGGAGUUCCAUGUCUCAGGAAAGACUCAGUGGCCUUGCUCUGCUAUCUAUUGAAAACGAAAGAGCAAAGAAACUGGAUAUACAAAAGACGAUAGACAACUUUGCUGAAGUUAAAUCAUGAAAGAAGCCAAUGCAUUAAGUACUGGAUGGUGGUGUGAGAUGUCUUGGUUAGGAUAUGUGCAAUGUUAUGCUCUUGAUUGAUACAGUUGGAAUAGUUGGUUCUGUCAUUCAUACCCUUAAACUUUUGUUGGGAUGUGUGCAAUGUUUACUGUUCUUAAAUUGAUACCGUUUUUAGUUGGGUCUGUUACGCACACUUUUGUAACUUUUAAAACUUUUGUUGGGAUGUGUGCAAUGAUUACUGUGCUUCAUUUGAUACUAUUUUAAGUUGGAUCUGUUAUGCACACCUUGUAACUGGGAUAUGUGCAAUGAUUAAAGUUCUUGUUCUGUU